AUGGCCGGGUACGUCGACUUUGCCUCGUCUAGUGAGGACGAAUUCCCCGACCUAGAUGCCGUCCUGCAGAGAAGUAAACAAUUUCGCCGACCGACGAAAGCACCUACACAGACAACGUCCACCAGCAUUGAUAGUGACGACGAUGCUUCACCGUCGAGACAGCUUGAAGAGGAGGCUCUUCAGUGGAAUGAAUCGAAGUUGAAAGACUCCGGUGUCGGGAAAUCAGCAGUGAAGGCUACGCCGCCGACAGUCCGACGUCGAAAGCUUGGUGGAAAGGCAGACAACCCCUUGUUGAGGCCAUUUGGGACUUUUUCGACGAGAAACGAGGGCCAGAACCUCUUCGAUGUUCCUGCCAAAUCCAAAGAGGUGCCCCGUGUAGGCGUGAGGGAGCUGCGUGUCAGAAGUCGGGACGCAACGCCAACGGGGAAUUCAUCAACAAAGUCGGACGACGAAUCAGACGGUAGCACGAACGAGCAGACUGAGAUUACCGAGGCCGACAUAUCUGAAUUCUUUGGGGACUCCGCCUCAGAGUUCGAGGACGAUAGUACCCCGACACUCUUUGGCAAUGACUCUACGGCCUCGAGAGCUCGUGGUCCAGUAUCAGGCCGCAGUCAAGAGGCAACCGCACCGAGACAGAAGGAGCACCAGCCAACCACGAAGCCUGCACCAGAAAUCGACUUCCCCAAACCCAAGCCAUCCAGUCAAAGCAGACCUCGACAGAUCACCAAACCGAAGGGGCGAAGCACCGAGAGUGUGCCUGGGAGGAAAUCGACACGGCCACAGUCAGCGAUCGUAGAUCUCACUGAAGAUAUGGCGGAUGCUCUUCGCCGGCUAGACAUCACAGCCGAACCACCAAAGAAGCAGAGCAAGGCUAGAAAAGAUGACGCUCCCUCAAAAACCCCGCCAUUGACACCACCGAGACCAUCCAGCAAGUCGCUGGCAUCUCCCAAAAAGCUCCCAGGUAUUCCAAAGACACCCCAUGGACCUGGUAUGGAUAUGUUUUGGAGUCAGGAGUUUGUGGAUGAGUGGAAUGAAGAGCACUCGCCCAAGAAACUGAUCUUGCCUCCGGCCCAAAGAAGUCCGGCGAAAAGUCCCAAAAAGGCAAAGGAACAGAAGACAGCUACGGCCAAUCGAAAGGAAAGCAAGAAGGCGUUCGAGCAGAGGAAACACGACGUCGCGCAGGCCUUCCUCCAGGAACUUGACGAAACCAUCACUCAGGGCAAGCUGCAGUCUCUGGCCGAGUCCACAGGAGGAGUCAAGAUCCAAUGGUCGGCCAAACUCAACACCACAGCAGGAAGAGCGAAUUGGAGGCGCGAAACUAUCCGCACCAAGCACGCCGACGGGUCCGAGAAAUCAGUCAUACACAAGCAUCACGCUUCCAUUGAACUCGCGGAGAAGGUCAUUGACGACGAAAGCCGUCUUCUCAAUGUUGUCGCACACGAAUUCUGCCACCUGGCCAACUUCAUGGUCAACGGCAUCACUGGCAACCCGCACGGCAAAGAAUUCAAGAUCUGGGCGGCCAGGUGUUCCCAGCGGUUCGGGGACCGGGGCAUCGAGGUGACGACGAAGCACUCGUACGAGAUCGAUUUCAAGUACGUGUGGGAGUGCACCGAAUGCGGCCUCGAGUACAAGCGCCACUCCAAGAGCAUCAACCCGGAGCGCCAUAGGUGUGGCUCCUGCAAGGCGCAGUUGAAGCAGACGAAACCAACGCCCAGGGCCGCCGGGAAGCCGUCCGAGUAUCAGCAGUUCUUCAAAGAGCAGAUGAAGGUGCUGAAGAAGGAGCACCCUGGGAGUCCACAGAAGGAGGUGAUGAAGAUUAUCGCAGAGCGGUGGGCAAAACGAGGUGGCAGUGCCCGGGCGACGCCCGACUCGGAGGCGGAUGUGAACAAGAUUGGGUCUCAGCUGGUGGAUUUGACGUUAUAA